UGGGCCCGCCUCCUAGACGUCACUUCCGGACUGAGUGCUUCCGGGUCGCCGCGGCCCCAGGGUACUGGUCUCGGUCUCCCGCAGCCGGCCGGAGCUCCGAGCGCCCAGCCGGGCCCGGCUCCGGCGGCGGCCGCGGCUGUUUCCUGCUCACCUCGGCCGGGGCGUCCUCGGCGGCGGUGCCGGGAGUGCUAGGAAUAAAUUGCUGGCUCUGUGCUCAGAAGAGACACCAGCUAUGACCAGCUACAAUGCAGCCUGUAUUCUCAGAAAAUGAAUUCAGGAGGGAUGAUGUCAGCUGCUUUACCACUGGCCGGGCGCUGGUCAGCCUCCCCUCUCAGCCCUUGAGCUUACGUCAUAGAGAGAUCUGUGCUCUUCCAGUCCCGCUCCAUGUGAGAAGAUGGGAGUCUCGGCUGCCACUGAAAUUUUUAGAACUCAGCUGUGCUGGCCCUGCCAUAGGGUGUCUGCCUUCGUCAAGCCCUUCUGAGAAGAGCUGUCCAGCAGCUGGACAGCUGUCCUGAAAGCAGCGCAGCUCAGAGCUUGAGUCAGGGUUUUGGCAUCAGACCCGGGUUCAGAUCCCCGAGCCCCUUCUCCCUGUCCUUAUGGCUUAGGGUGAGUGACUCGGCCCCUCUGCGCAUGCACGCUGAGUCGCUUAGCUGUGUCAGAUUCUUUGUGAGCCCAUGGCCUGUGGCCCACCAGGCUUCUCUGGCUGUGGGAUUCUCCGUGGCCGUGGGAACACUGGAGGGGGUUGCCAUUCCCUCCUCCAGUUGGCCCUUCUGAGCCUCAGUUUUUUCUUGUUUAACCUUGGGGUUGUCGAGUGGAUUUCGUUGAUUUUCAUGGGGCACUUAGCAGAGGGCCCUUCUGUGCUAAUCCCUUGGUGAAUGGUACUCAUGGUAACCAUAGAUGAGCAAAGUAAAGGAGGAAAAUCCCAGGCCACGGGGCCGGCCACCCCAGGUUCAAAUUCCAGCUCUGACCUUUUCAGGCUCUGUUGAGCAGGUUGUUUAAUGGCAGAGCCUUGGUUUCUCUCCUUGUAGAACUGUGAGGAUUAAACUGGAUGAUGCAGUUAAAGUGGAAAGCCUGAGGCCUAGUGCACAGUAGGACCACGACAAUUGUUCCCUUCCUUCUUGCCUUUCCUCAAGGAUCUUGUAGCAUUUUCUUUCACCUGUUUGCUCACCAGUGGAGGAUGGUUCAAGAUUCCCCUUAGAUGUGUUUCCCGCCCUUGGCUUUAGGACUUUGAAUACCAGCCGGGCUGUUUGCAGCCCUUUUGCUUGUCUAUUUGCCAGCCACAAACAAGGGUGGGGACUGUGGUAUGGUUACAGCACUGAGCAGACGCUGACCUGAGCUUGAGGGUGGCUGACUCUGUUUUUGUAAAAAAAGUCAGUCUCUAUUGGCUCAAGCCUGACUUCUUGGGAGAAAAAUCAUAGCAGUGUUUCGGAGGCUUGAUGUCGCUCUGUCUAAAUUGUUCUCAGAUGUACUAAAAAACAGUCCCUGGGGCCAGAGGCCGGAUGGAAGCUUCUUUUAGAUAAAUAAAAAAAAAUGGUAAAUGCAUAUGGGUUUUUUUUUUUUUUAGCAAGGACAGUGAUGUCUUCUCUCAGGUUGCAAUGCAGUUUUAUUUUUAAAGCGAACACACAUACUUUGAUACUGAGCAGUAAGCCUGUUCAGCUAGAAUUCAGGACAGAGCUCUGUCUUCUCAAACGCUGUGCCCUCCUGUCCCCUGCCUACGCCCUGUCCCCCCCACUGCACCAGCCUGGGGCCUGGCACCGCGGAGGCCUGCAUAUUGCUGAGCUCAGGAAUCAUGGGAGGAACACAGCUUUCCAGUCCUCAGGCCAGGCUUGGAACCUGGGGUCCGCCUUUUCCUAACCCUGAGCUUACAUAAGCCUGUGGCAGAUCAUGUCAUGGAGCCUUGCUUUCUUCCCGCUCCCGCUGGCCUUCCAGAAUUCUAAGGAGAGCUAAAUGAGAAACGUGAGCGUGGUGAAUGCUGACGUGCUUAGCAUCGUGUGUUUUGCCUGUUUUAUCAAAUACCUACUGUGUGCCAGGUGCUGUUAGGCAUCUUGGUGAACAAAACAGACAUUGUCCUUGCCUUUGCAGGGUUGACUGCUUACUGGAUAUUGAGGGGGAAACAGACAGAAGAUAGUAAAUGAAUAAAGUUGAAAAUUUCCCAGAGUAUUUUUUUUUUUUUGGCCACACCCAGUGACAUGCAGAACUUACCCCACUAGGGAUUGAACCCAUGCCCCCUGCAGUGGAACUGUGGAGUCUUAACCACUGGACCGCCCGGGAUGCCCAAAGUUGAUGAUUUCAGAUGGUGAUUACCCCGGGAUAAUAGGAUGACAAGGGCCAGGCAGGUGCGAUUUACUGAGCUGGGGUGGUCAGGGAGAGCCUCAGAGGAGUGAUGGUUGAGUUGAGACCUGAAUGAUGAGAGUGAGCCGGCGACAGGAGGGACCAGAGGAAGAACAUGCAGAAGGAACAACAUGUGCAGAGGUCCUGAGAUCAAAAUGGGCUUGAUGCGUUUGAGAAGCAGGCAGAAGGGUCUGUGUGGGUGGACCUUAAAGGACAGGGAUGGCUGUUCUGAGGGCCACAGCGACCUUGGGCAGGAGGGAGAAUCUGAUCCCAAGUGGCACUGCUCACCUGUGUGCUGCUCAGGUCUGAGCCUUGGGCUUCCUUGGCAGGGCAGUGGGUGGGAGAAGGUGGCCUCUCUUUGUCCCUAAUUCUCCUGCAUGUCUUACCCCCCAGGCGUCUCCCCAAAACUGGAGAAGCCAGAGGAGUAUCUCAGUGCCGCCUGCGUGAUUUUAUGGACUUCCUGAUCGUCACCAGGCUCAUGGGCACUUAGGACUUCUGAGCUGGACUCAGAGCUGCUGGAGGACUGUGCAGGUCCAUCCCAUUCCACCGCAGCUUGUUUUUGGUCCCUCACCAUCUCCCACAGCCAACAGGAGCCCCCCCACCACACAUACACAUCUUCCACAGCCAACAGGACCCUUCCCUUCCCCCCCACACACACACUCAAGACAGCGGCAGGUUUUUAUGAAGCGUGUGCCCUGCCCUGGCACUGUGACCUUUCCUGAGUCACUUGGUCACAAUCUCUGCACCCAUGGAGCUUGUGGGCAGGAAAGGCAGGCCAGGUGAGUGUGAAAGCACAUGUCCACCCCGGUGGGAGAUAUUUGCCUCACUCUGAUCUCACCUCCGGAGAACGCUUGGCAGGUGUAGCACCUUCCCACACUGGGAGCAUCUGCGCCUCAUGGGCCUACUCUGAGCUGGCAUUCUGGAGAGCGUUCUUUUCCUUUCCUUCCCUUGGCUGUACUGGGGCUUCGUUGUAGCCUGCAGGCUCUUUGUGGCAGUGUACAGGCUUCCCUAGUUGCCCCAAGGCGUCUAGGGUCGAAGUUCCCUGACCAGGGAUGGAACCCUCACGCCCGGCAUUGGAGGGCAGGUUCUUUACCACUGGACACCGGGGAAGUCCCUGAAGAGCUUUCUGUACAGACUGCAGAGAAUCCUACCAGCUCUGGACUGUAAGAAUUAUUAACCCCCUUUUUCAGAUGAGAAAACUGAGUUGAGUACUUGGCCCAAGUAACCUGGAGAAGCAGAUCCAGGGUUCACACCCAGGCAGUCCAGCUUUGAAAUCUGUCUGUAACCCCUAUGGGCUGUGUUGCCUCCCCUGGCCCUGGCAGUAUCCCUUGAUGAAUACAGAUUUGCUGCAGCAUCGUCGCGCCAAGAAUACUGAUGGAUCUGUGCCUACUCUACUAACAAGUGGUCAGGGAGACGGCAAGAGUGUAUGAAUCCUGUGCGUCCAGCUUAUAAGGUUCUGUCCUCUCCCAAGAAAGAACGAGCGUUCUGCGGGUCCAGGCAGGCAGCAUGUCGACGCUUCUGGCAAUGUCCCUGCCUCUAAGCCAGAAGCCAUGGAGGAAAUAAGGUAGCCCCCGUCCCUGGAUCGGAUUAGAUGGGGAAGCCCAGUUCAAUGGAUGCAAAAUACAAGGAUGACUUGUUCCGAAAGUACGUGCAGUUCCACGAGAGCCAAGGGGACGCCACCCCCGGCAGUGAUGAGUCCCUGCGGGCGGCAGCCUCCACCCUGCUCAGCCUACACAAAGUGGACCCCUGCUAUCGAUUCCGGCUGAUCCAGUUCUAUGAGGUGGUGGAGAGCGCCCUGCGCUCGCUCCGCUCCUCCAGCCUGCGGGCCCUGCGCUGCGCCUUCAGUGUGCUCGAGACGGUGGGCGUCAACCUCUUCCUCUGCCCUUGGAAGAAGGAGUUCAGAAGCAUCAAGACCUACACGGGCCCCUUCGUGUACUACGUCAAGUCGACGUUACUGGAGGAGGACAUCCGAGCCAUCCUGAGCUACAUGGGCUACAUACCUGAGCUGGGGACCGCCUACAGGCUCAAAGAGCUGGUCGAGACGUUGCAAGUGAAGAUGGUCUCCUUCGAACUCUUUCUGGCCAAGGUAGAGUGCGAGCAGAUGCUGGAGAUCCACUCGCAGGUCAAGGACAAGGGCUACACGGAGCUGGACGUGGUGAGCGAGCGCCGGGGCAGCGCAGAGGACGCGCGGGGGUGCGCGGAGGCCCUGCGGCGGCGCGCCGAGGCCCGCGAGCCGCUGUCGGCCUCGAUGGCGCGCGUGGUGCUGCAGAAGUCGGCCAGCGAGCGGGCGGCCAAGGACUACUACAAGCCCCGGGUGACCAAGCCCUCGCGGUCGGUAGACACCUACGACAGCUACUGGGAGAGCCGGAAGCCUCCCCUGAAGACCUCGCUGAGCCUGCGGAAGGAGCCGGCGGCCGCCGAGCCGGGGGACGAGCUCAAGGACGAGAUCGUCCGGCCGCCACCCUCGCUCCUGACCGUGGCCGGCUCCUCGCACGGCGGCGCCGACGACCUGCCGGCCCCCGCGCCCAGCAACGGGCUCGGCCUGCUCCGCGGCCCCUAUCUGCCCGGCUCGGACGACGUGGAUCUGUACACGGACGCGGAGCCCCGGGCCGCCUACCGGAGGCAGGAUGCCCUGCGGCCCGAUGUCUGGCUGCUGAGAAACGACGCCCACCCCGGCUACCACAAGCGCUCGCCCCCCGCCAAAGAGUCCGCCCUCUCCAAGUGCCAGAACUGCGGCCUGUCCUGCAGCGCCGCCCUCUGCCAGCGCUGCGACAGCCUGCUGGCCUGCUCCCCGGCCGCCAAGCCCAGCGCCUUCCCCGGCAAGGCCUCCGGGCACGACAGCCUGGCCCACGGGGCCGCCCUGCGGGAGAAGUACGCGGGCCAGACUCAGGGCCUCGAGCGGCCGCCGCACCUCCACUCCAAGUCCAAGCCGCCCACCGCCGCGGCCGCCACCUCCCGCUGUGGCUUUUGCAACCGCCCGGGGGCCGCCAACACCUGCACGCAAUGUUCCAAAGUCUCAUGUGACGCCUGCCUCAGCGCCUACCAUUACGACCCCUGCUGCAAAAAGAGCGAGCUGCACAAGUUCAUGCCCAACAACCAGCUGAACUACAAGUCCACCCAGUUCUCCCAUCUCGUGUACAGAUAGACGCCACCCCUCACCUCCCUGCUCCAAGGGCUACACCUCCGACCUUUCUGGUGUCACGGAGAAGCAGCGUUGAGGCAUAGAUCUCAGAAGCAGAGCCCUGCCCUUGACCACGCGGGUGUUGGGGGAUCCUGGGGCCGGCCACCCCACGUGGGAGUUCCCUUACCGACUCAGAUUAUUUCAACUGAUGGCUGCUUUGUCGUCUGGCAGGAGAGAGGGUGGCGCUUCUGUUGGGAUUCCUUUUUGCUAAUCUCUCCACUCCCUGUUCCUGUGUUUUUUUUUGUUUGUUUGUUUGUUUUUUUUUUUUUUUUGGUGGGGGGGGGGUUGUUUCUUCAAGAUGGUUUCUAUCUCUGGGACUCUUGCCGACCACUCACUCCCACCGCGAAGCCAACUUGGAUUGGGAAGGGCCCCCCCGGGUCGCUUCCAGAUGCCCACCUGGAGCGGUGAGCUAGAGGCCUGUUGGCUUGUGAAAUGAGCCCUCCUGCCACACCGGGCCUCCUCCACUGGCUCAUCCCUCCGCCGCCGUCCCCAAACACCGGGACCCCCGCCGGCAUCCCCCGCCUGCCUUCCCUGCCUCUACGCGUCAACGGUGACCCGAGCCCAGGAUUCACUGAAUGUCAUGCUGUUGCUUCCACAGCUCAGCGCAGCGUGGGGUCUGUGAACUUGGCCCUCACGCUCUGCAGUGUGGACCUUCCACCGCGGCACUGACCCCCGCCCCCCCCCCCUUUCUGUCGUUUGCACAUCCUUCUCUUCCUGUACUGUACAUAGAUAUUUUUGAGAUUUAUUUUUAAAUAAAUAUUCAACUUGCCGUGUGUUUCAAAGUGGUGAAAACAUUACCGGUGUAGCUAUUUAUAAAGAUGCCCCAGGUUCUUUAGUCUUCCAGGGGAGGGGGCUCAUGCCCUUCCACCUUGCUGCCUGCGCUCGCCGCAGCCGGAAGGUUGAGUGGAGCGUGCGGGGGCGGAGGAGGAACAGAGACUAUGUCCCCUGGGCUCGUGGAGAGCCGCUGUCUUCCCUGCAACCAAUCUCAACACCUACCUCCAGUGCGCACCUCGGGGGGCUCGUCUGGGCUGAGAGGUCUCUGCGCCCGCAGACUGUGACCACCAGUGACGAGUCGGGAACCUCGCCCUGUGGACCCUCAGCCUGGUCUUCGCCGCUUGCUGAGUGGACUUUGCACUGCAGUCUCCUCGAGUCUCAGUUCAGAAGGAAGAGGGUUUGGGAUCCCCACCGCCCCUCCACUUCAGUCCUCUCCUCUUCCCCUGUUUCCAGGACGCCUCUGUAACCUACGCGACCUUUUUGCACUAGAAGUGGUUACGAGUCUGCGUACGCGCAGCAGAUGGGCGCCUCCUGAGAUUCUUAGCCGAGCCUCCUCUUAGGUGAUUUAACUGACCCCCGAUUAUCCUUUUGGGUUACAGAGGAGGAGCGGGGCAAGAAUCUGAAAAUAGAACCGCUUCCGUGUGAACUAACAAUAUAUUUUAGCCAUAAGUGUUGGUGAUGUACAGAAUGUUACGGGGAUUGACCUGCAGUGGGUUUUCUGAUGGGAGGAGGUAUUCAGCUCCUGAUCACAUUUCCAUCUGGCUGAAUCCUGAGGCCACUGUGAAUUUGCUGAUGUUCUUCCAACUCAGUUGAGAGAUUUUAAGGUUUUCAAAAUCUUCUAUGGCUUUUUUUAAUAUAUAUAUCUAGUAGAUCACUUGUAGAUAUUCCAUGUGUAUAUAAAGCUGAGUUUCAACUUUAUUACUAAGGCCCUCCCACUCGGGGGCACCCAUCUUUGAUGUUCUUCCUUUUCACAUUUCAGACGUGUCAAUGCCUGUCCCAGUCCUGACUUUCCCAGUUUUCCAUUUUCAGACGGCUCUAGCACUACACUAACUCUUAACCAGCCGUGAUGCCACGUAACUUAUACAGCAGACAGAGGCAGGAAUAACCCACUUGUUCUGGAAGAGAAAGCCCAGUGUGGGUUAUCAUCACGGAAACACUGUGUUGAUGGGUUGGAAUAGGAAAUGCUGUGACCGUGCUCCUCCUCGGUGUGUAUCUUAAUUGUAUAAGGUUGCUGUGAUUGAGAUAAAUAGAUGCGAAUUUAAAAAUGCAGAUGUUUUGCAUUUGGUUUCUACCAAGAGUUGAAAUGUUGAGAGAUGCUUUAAAAAAUAAUAAUAAAGUGUCUUCCAUUGUUAA